AUGGAAAGAUAUCAACCGAGCAGUCAACGGCUUUCAGUGUGUGUUGCCGCGAGAGGUCGCUCAACAAAGCUUGUGCUGUUCUCAGACGCUAGCGGACAAGCUAUGGAAACGUGUGCUUACCUUGUUUCUACCCUGGUAAGCAAUUUACUCGCUGGAAAAUCCAAACUUCCACCCAUCAAAGACAACGUGACGAUUCCAAAAUUAGAGCUCAACGCCGUUACAAUGGCUACUCGAGUUGCACACUCAAUCUUUACGGCGAUUCAAUACCGCACAAGGAUCUCAGAAGUAGUCAUCCUGUCUGACUCGCAAAUUGCUCUCAAAUGGAUCGCAUCGCCUUGCCCUGCAGAAGAAAGAACAGGAGUAUUUGUUAAGAAUCGCGUAACCGAGAUACGAAAGAUUGUGAAGGACAUUCCAAUUACUGUUCACUUUUUAUAUAUGAGUACCGCAGUGAAUCCAGCAGACUCAGCAACGAGAGGAGUCGAUAAGGACGACAUGACUGACCAUAUGUGGUGGAAGGGACCAAAGUUUAUCCUGGAUCCAAUAGAGCAAUGGCCAAAGACAUGCCGUCUCUUCAAGAUACCAAAUGACGUGGAGAACGACAGCUACGCGCUUCCUUAG